UCGAUUCGUAUACUCGUUGAUGUGUACGUAUCUUUUGUUCGUUUCUGUGUUCUGUAAGUGACGAUUUUAGUAAAACAUAUAUUUCAAUUACAAAGUAUUUACUUGCAAAUCUCAAUCGAGCAUUGUUUUAAUUUUAACAAAAGUGUUUCCUGUUUAUAUUUUUAAUUAUUUAAGAGAACAGUUCAAUAAAAUAAUAUACAGCAAAUGUCAUCAAGCGUAUCAGAUCAGAUGAAAGUGCCCGGAAACACAGUAAAACCUGUAGAGGAGCGAAACAUCCCAUGGAGUCAGCAAGUUGAUGAAGCUUCUUACGAAAACUUGUCAUCCCCUGCAACUGAUGAAAAUACAUGCUCCCACCAGAGUUCAAUGCAGUUUCAAUUUCCGCCAUUUAUUGUAAAAGAAAGCCAAAAUGUCUCCUGGAGCAACCAAAAAUCUAGAAAAACAAGCAAUUUUGAUCGGGAAAUGUUUAGCUAUUUGUACAACGAUUUAGAGGGGGUGGUGGAGGGGGAGGAGCGUGGCGUAAUGAAGAAAUUUAGUGGCUGCUUUAAGGCAGAAUAAGAGUAAUCAGUGUACGUAUAUUUCCGAAAUUUGCAACAAAGGCCAUAUUUCCAACCGAAAAUAUUAAAUUAGUACGCAG